GUUCUGUCAUGCACCGAUUAAAGUACAUACUUAGGUAACGUGAUCGAAAAGCCGGCAUAUUACGAUUGAAGCGUGGUUUAGGCGUUUGGGUUGUAAGUUAUCGCUGUGUGGUGCUAUUAUGGAUGAUUGAAUGUGGAUUUCAGCGUUUGCAAGAGGGCUGCCCUUCUGCUUGCGCUGCCUGCAGGAAAAAUUUGCCUAUAACUCAUAUCUCGUAGCACAUGUUUGCGCUGAGUGCUGUCCAAACUAACUUUACUAGCCUUAGGUAAAUGUCUUGCCCAGCGUGGUGAGUUAAGAAGAAGCUGUAGUAUACAAUUAUGUGUUUUGUCUUCCCGAACAAAUACCAGUAACUGGAAGCAGCACAUACUGGGGAGGGGUCCUCUCAGAUUUUAAUUUCCACAAAACAUCUGGAAUCAUUUUAACGAAACUGAGAUCUUUUUUUUAAAAAAAUAUCGGCUUAUUUGUCAAUGCAGAUUGCUUUCCUUUUAUGGCUGUAAGUGAGCAUCCCGACUCUGUGACGUCCGAGGACCCCUUCCCUGCUGCAGUGAAGCCCCGCUGUCCAGCGAUGGCGUCACCUCAGCUGAAGUACCUGUCCUUGGGGGUGCUGGUGCUGCAGACCACCUCACUGGUGCUGACCAUGCGCUACUCACGCACUCUGCCUGGCGACGGACCACGAUACCUGGCCUCCUCAGCUGUGGUGAUUGCUGAACUGCUCAAGAUACUCACCUGUGUCCUACUCGUCUUCAAGGACCACAGUUACAGCGUCAGGGCGCUGAAUAGCGUGCUCACAGAAGAGAUCUUGAAGAAGCGCAUGGAGACACUGAAGUUGGCCAUCCCUUCAGGCAUCUACACCUUGCAGAACAACCUGCUAUAUGUCGCUCUAUCCAACCUGGAUGCAGCCACCUACCAGGUGACGUACCAGCUGAAAAUCCUAACCACAGCCCUGUUCUCUGUCUCCAUGCUGGGCCGCCGGCUGAGUGUAUACCAGUGGCUCUCGCUGCUCAUCCUCAUGGCUGGGGUGGCACUCGUGCAGUGGCCCUCGGAGUCCUCGGCCCCUGAUCAGAAGCAGCUGUCCGCCGGCUCCCAGCUAGCGGGGGUCGUGUCCGUACUGGUUGCCUGCUUCUCCAGUGGCUUUGCGGGCGUCUACUUCGAGAAGAUCCUGAAAGAGAGCAAGCAGAGCGUCUGGGUCCGCAACAUCCAGCUGGGGUUGUUUGGUUUGGUGUUUGGACUGAUGGGGAUGUUUGUUUACGAUGGCGAGAGGGUGAAGGAGUCUGGAAUGUUCCAGGGCUACAACAAGAUCACCUGGAUGGUCGUUGCACUGCAGGCUCUAGGGGGGCUGGUAAUUGCUGCUGUUAUCAAGUAUGCAGACAACAUCCUGAAGGGCUUCGCCACGUCACUCUCCAUCAUCCUGUCCACUGUCAUUUCAUACUUCUGGUUGGAGGACUUUGAUCCUACCAGUGUCUUCUUCCUGGGCACCUUGCUGGUCAUCGUUGCCACCUUCCUGUACGGUUACGAGGGAGGGCCCUCGCCCAAUCCCAGCCGUGCCUGAAGUGGCCCUGCUGAAAAGAGCGGGGGGGAGGGGGGGUGGUGGUGGGAGCAUGGGAUUAAGGAGCGGACAUCUCGAUGAGGAGAAGUGGCCUUGGUUUGGAGGAUUCGUACUGUGAGGGAAGGAGAAGACGUGGUGGUGAGGGGCUGGAGGAGGUGGGGACUGCGGGCAAGGGACACAAAGCCUGUCAGUCCUGCGGGAAUAUGAGUGAGGAGCAAUUUAGCAGAUGCCACACCCACUGCAAGUACUGCAAAAAGACUGGGUCUGGUAGUUGCCCCCCCACACUACAUUCCAGUAGCCCCUCCCUUAGGUUUCCUGACUCUCAAAACCUAGUUUUUUUUUUUUGUCUGUAUAUUUGGGAAGAAACAUUUUUAAAGUAUGAAUGUGUUCUGAGGUCAUAAUGUGUAUAAAUGAGGAAUAAAACAUUUCUAUUUAAA